CGUUCCAGUCAACCGAAGUUCACAUUACAGACGAGUCGAUAUCGAGAUGCAAGGUAUGCUGCUCCCGCUGAUGUUCUGGAUGCUUUGGAUUCGGGAGUCUGUUGCAGAGGAGCUGGAGCUACGCCGAAGCCCACGUAUUGUGGGUGGCCACCCGAGCGAUGUGUGGCACCAGCCGCACAUGGUUAAUAUCCGGCGACGUGGGAACUUCGAGUGCGGCGGUUCCCUGGUCACUCCACGCUGCGUCUUGACUGCCGCCCACUGCCUUAAUGAUGGCAAUCCAUCGGAUUUUGUGGUUCGUGGCGGGGUGACCUAUCUGAGUGAUAUGCGUAAUUCGCGCUAUGUGAGGAAAAUACUGAUGCCAUCGGCCUACAGUCGCACCACAUUGGACCACGACGUGGCGCUCCUUCAGCUCAAGCAACCACUUCAAGCCUCCAUUGCAAAACCCAUCUCCUUGGCCGUGCGAUCUCCGCGACCUGGAUCUUUUGUCCGGGUUUCCGGCUGGGGAUUAACCGACUCGAGCUCCACGUCGCUGCCCAAUCAGCUGCAAAGUGUCCAUGUGCAAGUGAUGCCGCAACGGGAGUGUAGGGAUCUGUAUCGUGGCUACCGGAACAUCACGUCCAGCAUGUUCUGUGCCUCCGUGCCGGGCUUAAAGGAUGCUUGUGCGGGGGAUUCGGGGGGGCCAGUUGUUAAUUCGAAUGGUAUCCUUGUGGGCGUCGUGUCGUGGGGCAGGGCACAUCGGUGUGCCGCCAGGGACAGUCCCGGAGUAUACUCCGAUGUGAGCUACCUGUCCGACUGGAUAGCGGAUAAUAUUCACAGGUACUGCUAGCUCCGCUCAGAUUCUUCGUUGUAUUAAUCAGUAUUAGAUUAGUUAACCCUGAUCGUUGACGUCACAUGGAGCUGGAGUGCCAUUGAAGUGGCAAAGCCUGCCAUUGUGACCCGCACUGUUUGCUCAGGUGAUAUCUCGAUGUUUUGCCGAAUAUCCGGCAAUAAAAGCCGGGGCAAGGUCAUAGCCAAAACAGUUCACAGCGAUAUGCUUUGGCGCUGCGAGUAUCUUAUUUUGGGAAUGCUGCUCUUGGCCGAGCUUACCCAGUUGGGUGAAGCGGUGACAGCCAAUCAGCAAAGGAGAAACAGGAGACUGAGAAGCGACAACGGAACCAAGAGGUUGACGGGCACAAAAAACCAAACCGGAAUCAGAAGCAAUCGACGCCAAGGUACAGCGAGGAAACUCUCCGCCAAGAGGGUCAACCAGAACAAAAAGGCCGCCACAUCGUCCAAGAUUCAGUCCAGGAUUGUGGGUGGCACCAGUACCACUAUUUCCACCACACCGUACAUUGUUCAGUUGCGUCGAGGAUCGAAUCUGUGUAGCGGUUCCCUCAUAACCGAGCAAUGGGUUCUAACUGCUGCCCAUUGCGUCAAGGGAUACAGUGCCUCCGAUUUCACGGUGCGCGGAGGAACCACUACUUUGGAUGGGAGUGAUGGCGUCACUCGCUCCGUCAGUUCCAUUCAUGUGGCUCCGAAGUUCACCUCGAAGAAAAUGAACAUGGAUGCAGCUUUGCUGAAGCUGAACCAAUCCCUGACGGGCACCAAUAUCGGAACCAUAUCAAUGGGCAACUAUCGACCCAAGGCCGGUUCAAGGGUACGCAUUGCAGGAUGGGGUGUGACCAAGGAAGGUUCUACAACGGCAUCCAAAACUCUGCAGACCGCCCAGAUAAGGGUGGUCAGGCAGCAAAAGUGUCGGAAGGACUACCGCGGUCAGGCUACCAUCACCAAGUACAUGCUUUGUGCCCGCGCUGCUGGCAAGGAUUCAUGCAGCGGAGACUCCGGUGGCCCAGUGACCAGGAACAACACACUCUUGGGCAUCGUAUCCUUUGGCUACGGGUGCGCCAGAGCCGGCUACCCAGGUGUAUACACAGCCGUGGUUGCGAUCCGCCAGUGGGCCACCAACAUCAUGGCCAACAAUUGAGGAUUGAAAAUUCGAAUCAACUUAGAUUUUAAGGUCGUUGAAAGUUAUGUGCGAUAUAAUAAAUGUUUGUUAAC